AUAUUUUAUCUAUUCGUUGUUAUGUUUUCUUUAUUAUUAGUAUUUUUUUUCAUAUCUUCGAAAUUAGUCUUUUCUACCUUUAUGAAGUAAAAAUCAUGUUUUCGUAUACUUAAAACUUUUUCAAAACUCCGCUUACAAAAUUUCACUUUGAAAUGAAAAGGAAAGAGUUGCGGGUCGGACAAGAUCCAUUAACAAAGAAGGCAUAUUUCGUCAAGCCCAGGCCCAUUUACUUACUGUAUAUAGACUGAAAUUUCUUUACCGAAAGGCACAUAGCAGCUCUUCUAGACUCCAAAACAAAUUAGGGUUUUGUCAACAUGAUCAUUCCAGUGCGCUGUUUCACCUGCGGCAAGGUUAUUGGCAACAAGUGGGAUGAGUAUCUGGAUCUUCUUCAAGCUGAUUACUCCGAAGGGGAUGCACUUGAUGCACUGAAUUUGGUUCGAUAUUGCUGUCGCAGAAUGCUGAUGACGCACGUUGACCUCAUUGAGAAGCUUCUCAACUACAACACACUGGAGAAAUCCGAGGGCAGUUGAAGCAAAUUUCCUGAAGCAAUAUCAAUUGUUUAUAUUUAGAACCUUAAUUUGUAGGUGUAGUUCUCCAUCUAGUUGUAAGGAGGUGGUAAAUUGUCCCAGUUGAAGUGAUGACGUUUUGAAUCGGGCAACUUUAAACAGUUUGAAUGUGUGAUACUACUCUUGAUUACAAUGUAUUUGCUUGUUUAAUGAUAUUCAUAACUUUAAAGUUUGGACCUUCUA